AGUGCAGAAAAAGUGCGUUGAACAGAUUUUCAGCUGCGCUUUGAAGAAUUGUACGGAUGUGACUGUGAGCGCAAAAAAGCAUUAAAAGGACGCGCGACUCCAAAGUGUGUAAUGAACAUCGCGAAGAUCCGUCAACUGUGUUUAUAUUUGGGUUUAUAAGUUAGAGGUGUGUUUAUUGUUGUUUUCUUUCGGGGUAUUCUCGCGCUCUUUUUGAAAGUUGUUGACUAUAGUACAGGGCCUGUGUGUGUUGCGGAGCAGCACCCAUUUGGGAAUGCCCAAACACCGACUAAACAAAUGCGCCUUUCUUGUCGACGGAAACAGUCUAAAGCCACAAAAAACGAGUCGUUACUGCAAACGGAUGAGUGUUUCUGGGCGUUACAAACGGAUGGUAAUUCAUUUGAGCUGUCAAAUGAUGGGAAAUACGUUGUUUUUUAAAGUUUUAAGAUAAGAUAUCAGUGAUCAUAUGAGCAGAGAGGUGUUUCUGUUUGACAGCAGAUGUGUGAGAGUCCAAAAUGUCUCUGUGCGAGACUUGUUGGGCGAGUUUAGGCUUGCAUGCAAGGGCUCUCCUCUCCUCUCUUUUUUCCCUUUCUUUUUGAGACAGUGUUUAUAUGAGAACAGCUGUGUGUGUGUGAGAGAGAGAGAAUUGGUGCUUCCUCGUGUACAAGCCUGUGUUACAUAAGUCCGUGUGUGGAAAAUAAAUAAUGGUGUGCAUCCUUCCUCAAUCCCCCUGUUAUCAGUUAUCAGUUUUCAUAAGGCCACGAUGUUGAUGCUGGCUGGAAUCGUUGUCCUGCACAUUACCACCAUCAUUCUGCUUCUGGUGGCCACCAUUGAUAAUGCCUGGUGGAUCACUGAUACAGUGUCAACUGACUUGUGGGGCAAGUGGGAGUUUGCAAACUCAGUCUGGCAUUACACCAACCUGAAAAACUACCCAGAGGACUAUCUCCAGGCCAUUCAGGCCACCUCAGUGCUUGCCUGUGUUUUUGCCAUUCUGGCCCUGUUUGUGUUUGUGGCUCAGCUGUUCACCCUGCCCAAAGGCCAGAGGUUCACCUUCACUGGCAUUUUACAGUUCAUCGCCUGCCUGUGUAUAAUGAUAGCAGCCUCAAUCUACACGGCUGAGCUUCACGCCAGCGACACAGAGGGAGGCUACGGACACUCCUACGUCCUGGCCUGGAUCUGUUUUGUCCUCACCUUCAUCUUAGCGAUCACCUACCUCGUCCUGCGGAAGAAGAGUGAGUGAGAAGAGAAGAGGAAUGAGGGCAGGCCUGGGAUCAUAUUCCCAGAUUGAAUUUGGGGAAGUAAUGAAUAGGAUUUGUUUCAAAAUUGGGAGGGAAAAGAUUGUUAAUCUACAUCUGCAGCUAGGAAAAUGGGGGGAAUGAUGUCCAAUUGCUAAACAAGAGCCAUUUGUUUAUAUUCUGAAUAUUAUAAAUUGAAAUGGAACUCGUGCUUACAUUACAUGAAGGGCUGGACUUUACUUAAUAGAUUUCUAUUUGAUUAAAAAGAGAAGAGGGCAAUAGUUUAUUCAUGAGUAAGGCAGUAUGGGCCACAAAAUAAUAAUUGAGAUUAGGAGGGUGCAACCCUUAUUUCAUAUUAGUAUAAUCAUAAAAUGAUUAAUGAAUCAAUGGUUUCCUUUGUCUUUUAAGUGCAGUUCUAUAUAGUAGGUUUGGAGAACUCCAUAUCAAUUAGUACUGUAAAGGACACUCAACAUUUUGAGAAAUAAAGAGUGAGAAGAUCAAUACCACUGUUAGAAACAGAGUGGUAUCAAUCUUCUCAUCUAACACUCACAAGAAAGAAAGAAUUAUUUCCCAUAAUGUAAAACUGUUCUAACUCUAAAGAGUAAACAAAAGCCCUUUGAGAUGUAUCUGUGAAGGUACGGCAUGUUGGCGAAACUACAACAUUCUUGUUGAAGUACUUGAACAAUCAGGAAAGACAAGCCUAAUUUACAGUACACAUAGUUUUAAUCAUGUAUCAUUAUUUUACAACUGAAGUAUAGUGUAUCCUUUUUUAAUCUAUGUACAUUGUAAUCAUUAUAUUUUUGUAACAUUUUGCAUUGAGUGUAUUUUUUUUUAACCAUGUUUGAUUUUGUGUCUGUAGUUGGCUGCUAUCAUAAGAAAAGUACAUGCAAUUUGUACAAGUGAACCAGGGAGGGAGGACAAUGGUGGUUUCAUUUCACCGUAUUUCAUAACUAUGCAAUAGAAGGUUUUGUUUGUAAUUACAUAGGAAUUUAAGCCAUAUCAUAUCAUGUAUUAAUAAAACAAAUUAUAUCAAAGUUUCAAAA